GAAAACAGAGAAGAGACUCUCCAUCCAAACCUCCCCCUUUUGGUACCCUACAGCAAUCCUCAUUGCUAGCACCUUUUCCUCUCAAACCCCCUCCUUUUCAAACCAUGACACGAGGCAAAACGUAUGGAUGUGGAGACCGGGUAAUGCACAUUCGACUCGGCCUGUUCCUAUUACUCUCCCUAAUGUUUCAGUACGCGACCGCCCAACAAGAGUGCAGCCCCGCCUGUGGACCUUACGGUCGCUGCUCUAAUGUCGUUCGGACCUGCACAGGUAGAGACUGCGAGAAAGCGUGUCGAUGUAAAGCGGGGUUCGCCGGUGCUGACUGCUCCAUACCGUUCACGCUGUGUGAGGAUACCGUGAAUCCGGCGGGCACCGCCACGGUCUGCUACAACGGCGGCAGCUGUCUAGAGGCGGGUCACUACGAUGGCGUCACGAAAGAGGAUGUGUGGUGGUGCGAUUGCAGCACGGCCUAUACAAGCACUGGUACCGCCUUUGCGGGGCACCAGUGCGAGUUUCCGCACGGAGUUUCCUGCGAAACUGGUCUCACCGAAUCGUCCUACGCCUUUUGCGUGAAUGGUGGCUCUUGUCUGGAGACGAUUGCGCCCGGAUCUCCGCAUCCCGGCUGUCGGUGUGUGGGGCAAUUUGAAGGCCGCCACUGUCAGUACGCUGCGGGAACCGCACCAGAGAAGGAGCUCACCUAUACGGAUGCGACGCGGGCCUUUACGGAUGGCGACGACGGGAUUAGUGCCGGCGUUGUAUUUAUCCUGGUUGCCCUGGUGCUGGCUGUGGUAGCCGGCGCGAUCUUUUUAGUGCUUCGACGCGGCCGGAGGAAUGCUUCGAAUAAGGAAAUGGAUACCAAUAACGCACCACAAUUGGAUGAUCUACAGCUCACUUCCUUUGUGGAACACAAACCGGAACAAGUCGGAAUGGAAAGUAUGGACGCGAUUCCUCUGGAGGAUGUGGAUGUGGAUGGAUCAGAACGAACCGAGAUUAUAUAGGAUACAUAAAUGCUUAGUAAAGAUUCAGGAGGAACAGUC